AUGAUGAAUCAACCAAAAGCUUUAGUAAAUAAUUAUUCCUUAUCGUCACCACUUUAUAAACAUGUUCUAAAUGAUAACCCAGGUACAAUAGCAGGUUCACCAUUUCAUCAUAAUUAUUAUUUACUCAUCUGUCAAUCAAAAGCAUGUUUUUCUCUUAUCUUCAUCGAAGAUAAUCAACGUAUAAACGAAAUUCCGAUUGAUUAUUUUGUUUAUGACAUCUGUUGGUUUCAAUCAAAACAAGUUUUUCUUGUUGCUACGGAAUAUUAUCUUUAUGAAUUUUCUCCAUUAAGUAAUCAUCUGUCAAAACCAUAUGAAAACUUCAAAUCUACUCGAACAUUAUGUAGUUUAGCUUGUAAUUCAACCAAUCUAUAUAUUAUCCAUAAACCUGAUAUGAUCAUGUAUGAAAGAUAUUUAAAAAAACCAUUUGAGAAAAAAAGAGAAUGGACAAAGAAUGAUCUUAUGUAUGAUAAAGAUGAUCAAACUGUUGGAUGUAUUCGUGUGGAUGAACAAAGACAGAUUUGUAACGAUUGA